AUGGCAUUGCCACCUGGAUUCACUAAGUCGGUUAACUUCAGGAAUUCUGUGUUACUUUCCACCCGGCUGCUUCCGAUAGCUGAUGUGUUGAUGGACCAUGUAACUACUGUCUUACUCCUAAUGAAUCCUGCUCCGUCUCAUCUUUUCCAUCAGACUCGUUCACCCUCAGUAGUGCGUGUUUCGGAAGAGUUGACCCCAAAGUCGAAUACCGAGACAAACGAGGCUGUCAUCGUUGCGGAGUCUCCGAACUUAGAUGAUCCGUCGAAUCCAUCACUCACUGUCCAACAGGAGGCAGCACCGUUGCCACCUGCUGUGGACAAUGAUAUUGUUGUGUCACCGACUCACCCGAGCCCCGUUGCCCUCACACCGUACCAAUCAGGGUUUCUGGGUGUGAAACCCGUCAACCCGGCUGUGUACCGUCGCUUUAUGGAACAACGCAUGGCCGAUGUUGGCCGCAUACACCGAGAACGCCAGGAACGCCGGCAGCGCUUGGAGGCUGAAAUGGCCAAGGUCGGUCUGGAUGAAACGGCUAGGGCCCAAAUGCGUUGUCUACUGCGCAAGAAAGAAUCGAAUUACAUGCGAAUGCAGCGGGCAAAAAUGGACCAGUCCAUGUUCCUGCGAAUCAAACAUUUGGGUGUUGGAGCAUUUGGGAAGGUGUGGCUAGUUCGGAAAAAGGAUAAUGGCCAGCUAUACGCAAUGAAGUUGUUGAACAAAAGAGAUGUGGUUGAACGACGUCAGUUGGCACACGUGCAAGCUGAGCGCGAUAUUUUAGCUGAGGCCGAUAAUGAAUGGGUAGUAAAGCUCUUCUUCUCCUUCCAGGACUCCCACGCACUGUACUUGGUAAUGGAGUACAUUCCCGGAGGCGACAUGAUGUCAUUGCUCAUCAAAAAGGGCAUAUUCGAGGAGCCUUUGGCGCGAUUUUACAUCGCCGAACUGACUCUGGCUUUAGAGAGCGUUCACGCGAUGGGUUUUGUGCAUCGGGAUAUAAAGCCAGACAAUAUACUCAUUACACGCAACGGGCACAUCAAGUUGACCGAUUUCGGCCUAUGCACUGGGUUCCGUUGGACUCACAGCUCAAAAUAUUGGGAUCUUGAUUUCAAUAUUCCCUCCUCGACUAGUCGACAAGUGAAGGCCAAGGUCACACUUGGGAAUGUGAGGACUGUCCGUGACGUUAAGCUACGUCUUCAGGAUGAGCCGAACGAUAAAUGCGGCGCCCGUACUGAGGAGAAGCAAAGCGAUGAUGAACGUGAUGAAGAAGGUGAAGACUUCGAAGAGGAGGUCGAAGCCACGGAGGAGGAGGAAGUGGAAGAGGCAGAAAUGGGUGAAAAGAGAGAAAACAUUGGUCAGUUGCCCAAAGCACUCGACAUGCAGCUCAUCAGUGGACGUAAGGGUGUAGGUGGUCCAGGCGUUUACCACAACAAAACCCUAGAGCGAAGGAAGAACAGCUUUGCAAAUCGCCGAUGCGCCCAGUCCCUUGUUGGUACACCAAACUACAUUGCUCCCGAAAUACUCCGAAGACAAGACUACGGGCAGUCUUGCGAUUGGUGGUCUGUCGGGGUUAUUUUGUAUGAGAUGUUGGUAGGGCAGCCUCCCUUCUUGGCACAGACGGCAACGGACACUCAGCUACGUGUUAUUCAGUGGUACAAAUAUUUGAAUGUUCCCGGAGAGCCCCGUUUGCAUUCGGAAGCAAGCUCGUUGAUCAGACAACUGUUACGUGACCCUGCGGACCGACUGGCCGAUCCAGCGGUGAUAAAAGCCCAUCCGUUUUUCGCACCCAUCGCUUGGGACAAAUUGACCACGCUACAAGCGCCGCACAUUCCCACAAUCAAAGAUGAACUGGACACAUCCAACUUCGACCCGGUUGACAAUGAACGUGCGCUGUUGAGCAGUGAGGACUCGGGCUCUCACGGGUCCGGUGUAAAUAAUGCCGGUCUCCCUUUCCCAAAUUUCACAUUCAAGCGCUUCUUUGAUCGCGAUCCCACGACGCUCCCAGCCCCUUGAAGCCUCGGCGGUGCUCAAUCAAACAAUGCAACGUCGUUUCCCAUCAUCACCUGGUCUGUACGAUUCGUCCUUUCCCUCCUUUUUCGUCCGAGCCAAAUUACAUGAUGUAUAUGCAGUGCACACAGUGAAGGCACACAUCUAUCAAUCGUCACUUGCAACACUAAGUUCUACUUUGAAUGAGUGGGGCCCCACGUUGGGCUGUUACGAUUUCUGAUGUGAAGUGACUUCGACCAAUCGGGAGGUGGAGAACGGGGCCAAGUUCACAUGUGUUCUGUGCCCAAAGGUUUUUUGCCAAGUGCUGUACCAUGGUUUUUCAUCAUCAAAUUUCUUGUGGUAUGUAAAUACAUGCGUUCCCGUGGUGGUACUGUAUUUCUCAUUCGCCCAUCCAACUUGUUUCCAAGCACUCGGGCCCCUAUGGAGCUCUUGGAACCUGAGAUUUCUU